AUGAAAGAAGAGGAAAGAAGACGCAACAGCCUCCCUCGUUCUCCACCACGGUUCCUAUCAAAGAGGCUCCACCCAAACACCCCCUCACAGCCGCUAAAAACCCCAAUCCUAUUUUCUUCAUUGGCUCACCGGAAAAACGAAGCAGAAGAAUUCUCUCUCUCUAACACGAAGAAUGAUCCACAGGUUUUCAAGAACGAAAUUUCCGUCAUCAAACACCAAAUCAACCAUGAACUCAAAAGACACGAUGAUGAAGACGACCCCAAUGCGUUAAACCCUAGUUCAACCCCUGGCGACGCUCAAUCUACGAGUUCAGGAGGAGCCGGAGUAAUUCCUCCGGAUCUCAAAACCCUAAUCGCAGAAGAAGAUACUCUCGUUCCAAGAGGAGCUUCGAUUCCGAUUUGGACACCAGUUUGA